CGGAGGGGUGGGCGGCGCCAUUCGCCGGCGGACACAGACUGCGCGGCUUCUGUGAGGAGAGCGGACGGUCACUGACGGUUGGUCUGGCUGCUGCGAACGCCGACAUGAGCGGCCUAGCCGGGGCCGAGGGGGCCCUGCACCCCCAGACCUGCAGCCCCGGUGCCCCCGCCCCCGCCCCCGGACAGCCGGACCCAGACCCGAGCCCGCAGCUCCGUGAGGAAACCGAGGCGUCACAGGUGAUGGCGGAGCCGGGGGAGGGAGGCUCGGAGGCCGUCGCCCUCCCGCCGGUCCAGCUUCCAGAGGAGGAGAAGGAGGAGGAGGAGGAGGGAGCCUCACCCGACCCUGCGGCCGGUGGGGUCGGCGGCCGUGCCCCCCGGACCCCGGGUGGCGGGGGUGACGAUGUCGGAGCGCCUGAAGCGGAGCCGGAGCAGGCCCCGCCCCCCGCCGCGGCCCCGGCGGCCGAGCCGGUGUCCAUGGCAACGGGCCGCGGCCCCAACAAUGGCGGUCCGCGCGGCCCCGGGGCGGCGCAGGCCGUGGAAGCCUGUGGCGCAGAGAAGCCGGGGUCGGAGGCGGUGGCCGAGGCGGCGGCCGCGGAAGUGAACCCGGUCUCGGUAGCAGUGGCUGAGGCGAUGGUGGAAAAGGAAGGCGUGAAGGAGGAGAAAGGAGAUGACGAAAUGGAGAUGAAAGAGGAGAAAGUAGAUGAAGUGAAGGAGGAGAAAGGAGAUGAAAUGAAGGAGGAGAAAGGAGAUGAAGAAGUGAAGGAGGAGGUGGAGGUAGAGGAGAAGCCAGUAGUAGGUGAGGAAAUAGAAAUGGCGGAGGAAAACCGAGCGGUGGAGGCGGUGGAGGAGGGGGCGGAGGGGGCAGGGCUGCCCCGGCCCCUGAAUGUGAAUUUCCGCGUGAACCUCCGCAUGAACCCGCUGGAGGCCAUCCAGCAGGAGCUGGACACUGUGAAUGCUCAGGCCGACAGGGCCUUCCAGCAGCUGGAGCAGAAGUUUGGCCGGAUGCGUCGGCACUACCUGGAGCGGAGGAAUUACAUCAUUCAGAACAUCCCGGGCUUCUGGGUCACCGCCUUCCGAAACCACCCCCAGCUGGCCCCCAUGAUCAGGGGCCAGGAUGCCGAGAUGCUGAGAUACAUCACCAAUUUGGAAGUGAAGGAGUUCAGACACCCGAAAACCGGCUGCAAGUUCAAGUUCUUCUUCCGGAGAAACCCCUUCUUCAGAAACAAGCUGAUUGUCAAAGAAUACGAAGUCAGAGCCGGCCGAGUGGUGUCUCUCUCCACUCCAAUCGUGUGGCGUCGGGGCCAUGAGCCCCAGUCCUUCAUUCGCAGAAACCAAGACGUCGUCUGCAAUUUCUUCACCUGGUUUUCAGACCACAGCCUGCCGGAGUCUGACAAGAUUGCCGAGAUCAUCAAAGAGGACCUGUGGCCGAAUCCUCUGCAAUACUACCUGCUGCGCGAAGGAGUCCGUAGAGCCAGACGCCGCCCACUGAGGGAACCAGUGGAGAUCCCCAGGCCGUUUGGGUUCCAGUCUGGUUAAACUUGGUCCUUGGGACUACCUCUGCACAAGGUCCCCUGGCACUUCUUGCUGAAACCUGUGCUUGAGCAACAGAAAUGGGUGGUAUACCUUCUACUUUUUCCCCCCUGACAUUUCUAAAACGUUUUUUUUUUUUCUCCCCUCUGGACAUUUGUUUUCUCAACCGCAAGAUUGGGACCUUCAUAGCUGUGCUUCUCCACUUCUGUACAGCCUGACUUUUUCCACUUAAUAUAUGACCUUCAUGCUGUUCUGCAUCACUGUCACAUCCUGCAAGGCCAUAUUCACACUGCUGCUAAGUCAAGUAAAUAUGCUGUAAAUUUCACUGCCUUUUUUUGCACUGCUUGGACUCUCUUUGUUUCCAGGGCCUCUGGUCUGGCUUUUACCAUCUGGGAUUCUAGCUUUUGUGUAGAGGCCUGUUCUACCCACCCUGUUCUGCAGGGCAAGCAUACAGCCUAUGGAUUUUUGCAGAAAAGAAAACCACCAGAGACACUGAAGAGCAGCAGUGGUCCAUUUGGUCUUCGUGAUUCAUGUGACUGCAUUGCUCUCCUUGCACCUGUGGUCAGCUGUUGCCUGCUUCUGGCUGUGUCCACUCCUCUUAGCCUGCUGCCUACUCGAUGAACAUCUUCCAGACCAUUGUCAGCUCCUCUCAUUUCUGGUAAACCAGAAUCUCUAGAACUGGUGGUGGACCCAAGUUUUCUGCUAGCACAAAUUUCCUUUCCAGCCUUUCCAUUCCUCAUCCUCUUUCCCCUUGAUCCUCAUCAUCCAAGAGCCCUACUUCAGAGAAGUGGUUGAGGUGACAAGUUUAGACCUUGUCCUUAUGACAAGUAUAAGGAUGGUGUCCAGGCUUUCUCAGUAUCUAGUGAAUUCACACAAAACUUCGGUACCUCUCUGUACCUCCUUUCCUCAUCCUGAUGUAAUUAGCAGUACACUUUCUGUGUGUUCCUUAUCUCAAAAUAAAAAACAACACUUAGAAACAUCUGCAAAAGCAGAUCUUGUAGUUAAUUUGGCUCUCCUUGAUUUCCAGGGACACUUUGACUGGUUUCCUCCCCACAUGCCCUGACCCAACGAGGGCUGGGGAUGAAUUUGCAACCCAGGUAUGUUUUCUUGACUGGGGAUUGAACCCCCAGUCCUUUGGUGUAGUGGGUCAGUGCCCUAACCACUGCACAUACUGGCCAGGAUUUUUUUUUUCUUAUGUUGUUAAUCCUCACCCAACGAUAUUUUUUCCAUUGAUUUUGAGAUAGUUGGAGGGAGGAAGAGGGGUGUUAAAGAGAGAAAUAUCCAUGUGAAAGAGAUUGCGAUUGGUUGCCUCCAGGGCCAGCAUCAAACCUGCAACCCAGGUACAUGCCUUUGACCUUGACUAGGAAUCAAAUUGGCAACUCUUCAGUGCUUGGGCCAAGGCUCUAAUCACUGAACCACACUGGCAAGGGUGAGAAGAGUUAUUUAAAGAAAUACAACUUUUGAUGUUUUUUCUAUAUUUUUAUUUGACUUAAUUUAUGGAGAUAAAUACUUUUAUUUCACUAAUACUUAAUAAAAUCCUGUUAUUUUCUGUUUUUGCUUACUAGGAAAAUUGAGUUAUACAAGCUUUCUUUGCUUUUGUUUGGGAACAUUUAGAAAAAUAAUCUUUCCAGAUAUAUAGAGACUUAAAUGAAUAUUCAUAAAGGUUUUCAAACUUGUUCUUGUUUCUGUCAAAACUACAUUCUUAGAAAUAUAAAUAACUUGAUUUUGUCAGAUUAUCAAGACUUUGGAAAUUGUCUUCAUGGAAAAAUAACCUGUAAAAACAGUGUGGCUUGAUUGUCUUGCUUGAUAAUUUGCCCUGCUAACAACUUAUUAACAAUUUAAUUAAGUACUUGGAAGAUUGCUCUGUCAAAUUGGAAGUGUACCAAUAACGUAUUUAUAUUUACAUAUAUGCAUGUUGUUAAAAUAAAAGUAUGUUGUUACUC